ACAGCGGCUGCUGAGUGUGGGCGCCGAGGUGAGGCCCGUGUCGGCGGAAGACGCGCCGGGCCCCGGGUCGUGUCGGCGGGAGACUCGCCGGGACCCGGGCCGUGUCGGCGGGAGACGCUCCGAUCCCCGUUGGUGGCAGAGGUGGAGAUGCACCGGAUGAUGAUCUAUUAGUGACUCGGUGGAAAGCGAUCAGGAAGUGGGCAGUAUCAGAGGUCGGGCGAUACCGUGGGUCCAAUGAGCACCCAACAGUUUCCACGACCUGGUGUGGCUUCAUCGAGCUUGGGAGCUGGCCAGACUUCCAUCACCAGCAUGCAGAACACCAGUGGUCCAGUGGCACCAGGCAAUAGCAUAACAGCUGCCAGUGAGGAGAUGAAUCGAGAUUUGGAGCACUUGCCACGUGAACACUCUAAUACUAUAUCUUCACUGCCAUUCCGAGAUGAGAAGCAGGAGACUGUGGUAGUACGGCCUUACCCACAAGUGCAGGCACAUGCACAGCCAUUAGCAACAGCCCAGCACCACAUGCAGCAGCCUGGUGUGCCCGUAACUAUGGGUGCACCUCCCACACACUUAGCGCAGGCCACUCAGCUGACUUUCCCAGAAGGACUGAUGAAGACAACACUGAAGUCACCCUUGCCAAGUCGGCCCAUUGCUCCUGCUCCAUCUGGCCUGGGACACUUGACUGUUCCACCUAAAGUUUCUGGACACGUAACUGUUAGCAUGGACCCCAGCGUUCCUCAGGCAUCUGCGAUUCCUGUGGCUACAAUCAGUGGGCAGCAGGGACAUCCUAACAUCCCUCAUCUGAUGGGCACCAAUGUGCAGAUGUCUAUUAUCCGAAAUUCUGUGCCAGCCUCACUCCACAUUGGACCGUCCACAGCGCAGACCCACAUGUUCUCAUCUCAUGUGCCUAGAGGUGCAGCAGUAGCUGCAGCAAUAUCAAGUUCCAAAGUAACUACGGUCCUGCGCCCUGCUCCAGCGCCGUUACCGACGGCUGGGAAUCCUCAGACUGCUGUGCAACAUUCUCUACACUUGCCUAUACAGUCUCGCCCACCUCCAACCACUUCUACAGCAAUCCCUUCAGCAGUGGUAGCAACAGUGUCUGCAACACGGGCCCAGUCUCCUGUCAUUCCAACAGCAACAGCCCAUGGGACAGAUGUAGCACACAGUAGACCGGCACUGACCAUCCAACCUCACCCGUCUGCUGCAACAAUUAGUAUCCAGCGUACUCAGCAGCCUCGAGAUACGACUACUCGCAUCACAUUGCCUUCUCACCCUGCAGUGGCUGGCCAGAAACCACAGCUUCAUCCUAUAACACAGGUGAUUAAUGUAGUAGGUAGCAUCAGAACCGUACCUUUAACAGCUUCCAACACCAACAAGCAAGUUCUCUUUCAACAGAAAGCCAUGUUCAGUACUGGGACACCAGUCGCUGCUGCUACAGUGGCACCUAUACUUUCAACAAACUCAAUCCCUUCUACCACAGGUCAGGGUGCUGUUUCCCAUGCUCAAGUAACAAGCAGUACAAUUGUGAACAUGACAAUGGCUUCCCAUACACCUCAUGCUCCUGUAGUCACUACGUCGACUAUUCCUGUUGCAAAAGUUGUCCCUCAACCAAUAACUCACACUUCUCCGCGGAUCCAACCAGAUUACACAACAGAAAGGGGGAACCUGAUUUCUAUACCUGGUCACAGGGCGUCACCUAACCCUGUUACGAUGGAGACACGAACUGAGAAUAGGCAAGUCCCUGUGCAGUUUCAAUACUACCUGCCAGCUUAUCCACCAUCAGCUGCCAUCCCUGGCUACCCAACACUGGCACAUACUUUUACCCCAAUAACCAGCACAGUCUCCACUAUACGGCAAUACCCAGUUUCAGCGCAAGCACCGAGCUCUGUUUCUGCAGCAGCGAUUGCGGCUCAGGCUGGUGUGGGUGUAGCGUCUACUGUCCAUCUCAACCCCAUGCAGCUGAUGACUGUGGACGCCACGCAUACACGUCACAUUCAGGGGCUCCAGCCGGCGUCCAUCACUGCCCAGGGGCUACAGCCAACUUCAUUUGGCCCCCAAGGAAUUCAGCCAUCUCCACUUGGAGCUCAGGGAAUUCAGUCAUCCGCUCUUGGGACCCAGGCUCUGCAGCCUGCAUCACUCGGCCCCCAACAGACGUCGGACAACAAACCACCAGCAGUGGUGUUGACGGAUGGAGCAACCAUUAUAGCCAAUCCCAUCAGCACGUUCAGCGCGACACCUGCUGUCACAACCGUGAUUCAAACCCACACUCCAAGCAGCAGUACUACUGCUCCAACACAAGGAUCUUCGCCACGGCCCAGUAUUCUGCGGAAGAAGCCAGCCUCCGAUGGCAUGGCUGUUCGGAAGAGUCUCAUCCCGCCACAUCCAACGGAGGCUACGAGCCCGCGAUUAGACGGCACAGUGCGUAAUGCAUCAGGAUCCCCACGGCCAGUUGGAAACAAAUCUAAGCCAGAGAUCCACAUUUCAAUUACCACACCAGUGGCAGUUGCAAUGGAAGCAAUCAGCAACCAGAACAUGGAACCAAUGCCCUUGUCAGGGCAGCCAAAUUCUCAGCAGCCUCCGCCACCAAUCCCAACACUCAUUGCAGCAGCUACUCCCCAUCCUCGGCCUACUUCCUUGUCAACUGUUACAGCAGCAGUCUCUACUACUACUCCAAUUUCAGUUUCCAUGACUACAGUGGUAGCUCCUCCAUCGCAACCAGUUGCCAUCUCUGUACCCGUCUCCAUGAGCUCAACAUUGCCAGAGAUUAAAAUCAAACGAGAGAACGAGUCUGUGGAUGCACUGCCUGUAUCAAUAUCAACGUCCCAGAGCAUGUCUGUGUCAUCACCUGCUCUGAUCCCAAUGGUGAACAACCUCAACCUUCCUGGGAACGAGUUGCCGCUUGGUGCAUCCCCCCGGAAGAAACCCCGCAAACAGCAGCACAUUAUCUCCACAGAAGAGAGUGAAAUGAUGGAAACAAACAGCACCGAUGAGGAGAAGAAUAGCAGCAGCAAGCCGGUGCUGCUCAAAGCAGAGAAGAGGAAAUCGCCGCCAAAGGAAUACAUAGACGAAGAGGGUGUCAGAUAUGUUCCCGUACGCCCUAGACCUCCAGUUACAUUACUUCGACAUUACAGGAACCCCUGGAAGGCAGCUUAUCAUCAUUUCCAAAGAUAUAGUGAUGUGAAAGUCAAAGAGGAGAAAAAGCCCACAUUGCAGGAGAUUGCUAAUCAGAAAGGAAUUGUGUGCAAGGCUCAGGGUUGGAAAGUACAUCUCUGUGCUGCACAACUCAUGCAGUUGACGAGCUUGGAACAUGAUGUGUACAACCGAUUGGCUUCAUUACAGGAUGGGCUGAUUCCAAAGAAAAAAGCAGCUGCAGAUGAUGACAUUCAUCGAAUCAAUGAGCUGAUUCAGGGGAACAUGCAACGCUGCAAACUGGUUAUAGAUCAGAUCACUGAGGCCAAAGAUACCAUGAUGAAGGUUCUGGAUCACAAGGAUAGAGUUCUAAAACUCCUUAACAAAAACGGUGCCGUGAAGAAAGUAUCCAAAUUAAAGAGGAAAGAAAAGUCCUAAGGUCUAAGUGGGGGUAGCAACUGUAUUUUAAAGCCACUGUAUAGAUGUUUAGUUUGGUAUUUGAAUAAAGGCAGUGUUUGCAGAUGAUGGAUAUGUUCUACAGAGCAGUGAAUGGAAGCACCCAUCUUCCCAAAUCCAUUUCCAUUGUUGAUCAAUUGAUUUGCCAGAUCAUCCCACUGAAAUUGUGACAACCUGCAAAAUGAAAAUCUAUUUUUCUCUCUGACCUCACUAUGGACUGCCAAGCAAUGUUUUUGCAAUGUUGACUAGUUUGCCCAUUAAGUUGUAGAGCUUCCACCUCCUUCAUUCUCUGUAUUCCACAUUAUUCUGAAAAGGCAAAUCAGUAAGCAGAUUUUCCUUGUUCAUUUUCUUUUCAUCUUUGGGAUAGUGAGUUUUAUAAGAAUCGAUAAUUGAUUAGUUCCAUGCAGUAGCACCUCUACUUCUCUUGGUUUACAGUGGCGAGAGAGUGCAAGAAACUUAGCUGUUGUUGAUUAGCAACCCCAGUUGGUUGCAGUUGUUGAAGGGGUGGUUGUAGGUUAGAAUAGAAAAACUACUAAACUCCAGCAACCAGAGUUAGCAUCUAGGGAAAGUGGCUAAUCUGAUUUUGUUAGUCCCUUAAUAGAUAUGCUCUCUUUCAUAAUUCAAUAGGGCAUGAAUUAUUGAAGUGCCCAUUCUUGGUACUUGUGAAACAUGACUCAUGACCCUAAAAGUCGGCCCUGCUGUGACUUUCAGGAGCGAUUUGAGAGCUGUAUGAAUAUUUUCUCAGUGAGAAAAGAAAAAUCCUUAAUUUUAAUUCUUCACCUUGGGAAUAAAUGGGGUGUUAGCUAAUCAAAACCACAUACUCGUGGCCUCACUGUAUUGUGAGUUUGGUAUGGCUUUCUGGAAGGAGUGUAAAAGAAUUGUAAAUUUGUUACAGUGUGGCUUUUUUUUCGGUCUGCAAUGUCAAGUGGAAGCCUGCUCCUGGCCAAGGUGAAUUGGCUGAGCAGGGUCCUGUUGCAGUGCAGUUGUAGUAUCUUUCCACUCUGGGUAAAGAUUCUAAUCAUGUGAUGAUCUUUCUAUCAGAAACUAUUAAAAAGUGGAAUAAUUAGGUUUUUUAAUAUUUAAAGAAAAGGAAGCUUGCACGAUUCUUGGUCAGAGUCUCUGUAAGACAUGGCAGCAUUUUAUUGCCCAUCCAUCACUUAUUUCCUCAUUGUGUUUUGUGUUUGGACGAGCAGUGUCUGUAACCGAGAAGGUAUUUAAGCCUGAGCUGCUUUUCAUGUGUAUGGCGAUCUUGUGUGAGAUGUUUGUAGUUUGUGAUGCAGUUUCUUGUACAUAUAUACUUGGAAAUCAUUAAUAAACAGUGCAAGCUUUUAUACCAAUUACACAAA